GGGUGUCACUCUUGGGAAUAAUCAUGAAUGGCGCUGGUCUGCGACUGUGAAGGCGAGCCUAGUCCUCCGCAGCGGGGUGGAAGGACAGCUAUGCACUGUGUAUGUGGUGCCCGGGCCCCGGCUGCGCGCACUCCAGCACGAUGGCACCUUGGCUGAGUCUUUGCCGGGGGUUGCUUGUCUCUUUACGGCCGCUGUGCGCGCUGUCCCUGCUGGUACUACUUGUACACUGCCACAUAUGCAAGCACGCCGUCCCUCGUCCGUCGGAGGUUGUUCACCAAGUGUACUUGAAGCCUGGGAGGAUAACCAAGAGAAGUAUUGACCGGCAGUUAGUAAUUAAGAUCGUCUAUGAUGACAGCGUGGAAGAGCUGGGUCUAGAGAAGAGGAGGCUCGUUAAGGAUAAACUGUUUCCCCAAGCCAUUGACUAUCUACAGAAGGUGUUUCAAGUGCGCAGGAGAGCUGGACCAGUGCUCCUGAGCAGACAAUGCUCAACCAGUCAGUACCUGCGGAAGAAGGAUGACCCUCACCGCUACUGCCAGGGGUCGUGUGCCGAGAGAACGAGGUGUGGACCCGUCAUUGUUCCUGAACAUCAUUUACAGCAAUGCAAGGUGUGCAGCGAGAGUGGCAAGCAGUGCGGCUCAGUGGGGCCCCCCGAUGGCGAGGGGGUAGAAGGGACUGACUUUGUGCUCUACGUCAGCGGGCUCACCACAGAGCGCUGCGGGCAAGAGAACAUCGUCGCCUAUGCCGCCUACUGCCAACUGGAAUCCGAGCUCGACAGGCCAAUCGCUGGGUAUGCCAACCUGUGCCCGGCCAUGAUUCCCGUGCAUCCUCAGGAGUUCGCUGCCAUGCUCUCCACCGUGAAGCAUGAGAUCAUCCACGCCCUGGGAUUCUCUGCGGGACUCUUUGCGUUUUACCACGACGAUAAUGGGAAACCCCUGACCCAGCGAUACGCGAGUGGCUUGCCACCCUUCAGCGAGAGCUUGGGCCUGUACCAGUGGAGCGACAAGGUCGUGCAGAAAGCCAGGCGGUUGUGGGACAUUCGUGGGAACAACACUGUGUCACGCGAGGUCCAUCUUCUGGUCACCCCGAGAGUGGUGAGGGAGGCCAGGAGGCAUUUUGACUGUCCCUUUCUGGAGGGCAUGGAGCUGGAGAAUCAAGGGGGGCUGGGCACCGAGCUCAAUCACUGGGAGAAGAGACUGCUGGAGAACGAGGCAAUGACAGGAUCCCACGCACAGAAUCGCGUGUUUUCCAGAAUGACUCUGGCGAUAAUGGAGGACACCGGGUGGUACCGAGCCAAUUACAGCCUGGCAGAGAGGCUGGACUGGGGGCGAGGCAUGGGCUGUGACUUUGUAACAAAGAGCUGCAAGUUCUGGAUCGACCAGCAGAGGCAGAAGAGGCAGGCCCCCACCCCGUACUGCGACAGGGUGAGAAGCACGCCCCUACAGCUCACCUGCCGACAGGACCAGCGGGCCGUCGCCGUUUGCAACCUGCAGAAGUACGAGCACCAGCUCCCCCCGGAGUACCAGUACUUCGACGACAUCCCCGGCGUGCCCUCAGAGGACCUGCCCCGCUACGGUGGCGCGGUGGAGAUCGCCGAUUACUGCCCCUUCAGGCAGGAGUUCAGCUGGCACCUCAGCGGGCAGUACCAGCGCAGCUCAGACUGCCGGGUCCUGGAGAACCAGCCUGUGUCUUGGGCGAACUACGCCGCUGAGGAAUACGGCCCCGAUUCCGUGUGCCUGUCCCAGAGGUCGGCAUUCGUCAUGGAGCAAUGCAGCCGCCGCCUGACCUACCCUGACUGGGGCAGCGGCUGCUACAAGACCUCCUGCUCUCUCCAGGGACUUGCCGUGUGGGUCCAGGGUACCCCAUUCCACUGUGUCCAAACAGGUCAGCUGCUGAAUGUCAGUGUACGCGGUGCUGAAUGGGUUUACACCGGGGUGCUGGUCUGCCCCUCCUGCUCCGACUUCUGCAGCUCCUGCCCGCUCCCACACGAGCUCCCGCCUCUCAACACCUCCCGCAGCAUCCCCAUCGAUCCCUGUUCGAGUUCUCCCAGCUUGGUCGUCACCCUGUGGCUGCUUCUGGUCAAGCUCAUCCCCCUGUUCUCUGGAUUCCUCCUGUGCAUGUGGAUCUGAGUCCGUGGGUGGCGGGGGUUGCGGUCGGGGAGGGGGUUUAAUAGCCAGCCCACCGUGAGAGGAAACGCAAAGCCAUGACGCAACCUUUUUUACACAGAGGAUAAGUGCCAGUACCUGUGCAGACAAAACAAGAAGCCAUACCUCAGGAGGGCAGCAGGGGGCGCUAAAGAGUUCGGUGCUGUACGUCGCCCUUUUUUUUUUUUAAUCGUUAGAUGAGCAUUUUGCAUGCUUUCGGGGUCCUUUAUAAGGAGGAGGCCUGCUGAAGAACAAAUGUGAUAUUUAUACAUAUGAGCUGUAGUCAUGUGAUGUGGUUCCGUUAGUGUGAAAUUAAAAUGCUUGAUGUAUGUGGAAAUAUUUAAUUUAUUGAAGGAUUAUAUGCUUUAGAAAUAUAUUUUAUAGCAGAAGGCAUUGCUUUUUAAGCUUAGGAAAAUUAAGCCUGUAGUAUAAAAUGUAUAAUUUAACUUAUUUCUCUUAUUUAACAAAUCAGGAAAAAAAAUAUUAAGUAGCAUUAAGCCUUGUUUUGUUUUGGCAAAACCUUGUAUGCCAUGUCUGGUUUUUAUAGGAGAAGUAAAUAUUAAUUUACUAGCAGUGUAAUAUAACUUUGAAACCCUUAACACUGGCUUUAAAAAAUGUUCAGGUAGCUCUACAGGGGACACGGCUUGCUUUGAGGACCAGACGGCUGUCCUGUCAGCUUUAAUUCAUGUCUCAGUAGAGGCUGUGCGUGUUCGCAUUUGUUAUGAACUGAUGCUGGCUAAGGCAGAGCACCCCAGUCUUGGUCCUGCUGACAGACGUUGUUCUCCACAGUUGAAGUCUCAGUCGUGCUUGAUUGAAGGAUGGUGUAAAUUGAAGGAUGGAUAACAUUUGUAAGAUGUAUUUGUUUUGCAUCACUUUGCAGCUAAAGGUAUUUCACAGCUAAUGUCUGUUUAGUUUAAUGACAGAAAAAUCUCUAAAGGGUAAAGUGGAGAUAUUUGUUUCUCUUUCGCUCUGUAGCUUCUGGAAGAAACUGUUCCCUGCCCGAAACUUACAUUUUGAAUGUGUAUCUAGUAAUUUGGAAAACUGUUAUGUGUUUCAUUAUCGAAACUGGGAACAUAUUCUGAGUACAGUCAUAGUUGUCACUGAGGAGGAAAACAUCUACUUGUUUUUCAUUUUUACAGUUUCCAGCACAGUUGCGUUGAACGUGUGUAUUCUGCUCCUUUUGAAAGGCAGAGUGCGUGCUCCCGUUCAGUAAACCGGAGCACGUUUUUGAGACUCGCGCCUCCUCCUGGAAUUACUGGUCUGUAGCGCCAACGCGGUUUACAUAAUAAAACAUUAUGCACAGCGUGUACACAGACGGGUGUGCCAGUAGCAACAUCAGAUGGCAUUCUGUGUAUUUGACAAUGCAGAAGAAAUGUGACUAAUAUCACCAUUGUACUGUAUUUACUGUCAUUUUAGAAUUUCUAAUGUAUUUCUCAAAGUCUGUGUUGAAAAAUAUAAAUCCUUUUCCAUGAGGGGUGGGGGGUCAUUAACACUGUUACUACACACCAAUACCAAGCUUUGAUUUACAGGGUUGACCCUGCAGUUUAUUUUCUCUCAAUUGCAGACUAAGGCAGACCAGGUGAUCAGUGAUGUUGGGUCUACUGGCUGAUUUUUCUGUGAUCCACGGUGAUCAGUAAUCUAACUGUUUGAGUUUAGGUGACGCCAUCUAAUGGAAAUACCUGCCCACAAGUAAACUAACGACAAUAGGUCACCAGUAACUUAAAACCAGUAGUCUAUGUUGUGAGGGAUUACUAUGUGCCUUACUCUUCAGUUUCCUGACACACGUCUGAUAUAUUUUGAAAUAUUUACAUGAAUAAUGACUUUUGCCCACAGAAGAAUUUAACUCAGGCCAGAGGACAGCAGAAGUGCCAAGGAACUGUCCAAAUUUACAAAAUGUGUAAUUUGUCAGGGUAUGAACUAGGGGGAAAAAAAUGAAAGCGCUUCAUUUCUCAAGUGUUAUGUGCUCAGUGUGUUAACAAGCUCGCUAAUCCAAGGGUCCAUUUUUGCGGCAGAAGCAGUAGUCAAUUAUUGGCACGUAGACUCUUCCCAGCUGUACGAAAAGGUGUCAGAAAUGCCUUACAAUCUGACUGACCCUUUGACAUGCAUUAAAUAUGAACCUCAUUUGCAAA